UCACGCACGUUUCCUGUCCGUACCCCUCUCACGUUUUGUUGUUGUUCGCCAUAAAAACGCGGGGCUUCGGCAGCAUCUAGAGCUGUAUUGCUUAUCGAUUGAAUAUUUCUGCCGAGGAACAUGGAGUCUGAACCAGAUAGCACUGGAAAUCGCAAUGGGCUAGUUAUUCCAAAGAAUCACAGGAAACUGCAUUUACUAAAAGUUGACCACUUAUAUCACCUCGCCUUGGAUACUGAAAAAGAUGAUCUCGAAAAAAUGUUCGGUGAUGUUCGAUUCGUGUGUUUUGGCGGACAACCGUCCAGGAUGGAAAAAUUUUCCGCUCUCGUUGCCAGAGAAUUGAACAUCGAUGAUCACGAGAUGGACGGUGACAGACCAAAGAACUAUGCGGCAGGGACGGACCGUUAUUCCAUUCAUAAAGUGGGACCAGUUCUAUCAGUUAGCCAUGGUAUCGGAAUUCCCUCGCUGUCUGUUGUGUUCAACGAGAUUAUCAAAUUGGUUCAUUAUGCCAAAUGUAAAGAUGUCGAGUUCUUCAGGAUCGGAACAUGCGGCGGGUUAGGUUUGGAGCCGGGAACAGUGGUGGUUACAGAAAAAGCGGUGGACGGUGAAAUGAACCCGUACUAUAAACUGGCUGUGUUGGGUAAACCUGUACAACGGUUGGCGAAAGUGGACCAGACCUUGUUGGAAUCGCUUUUGAGAUGUUCAGAACCUGAUGACGAUUUCAAGACGGUCAAGGGAACAACGUUCUGUUCAGACGAUUUCUACGAAGGCCAAGCAAGGUUAGAUGGCGCCUUUUGCGAGUAUGAGGAAGAGGACAAGAUGAAAUUUCUUCAGGAGCUUCGGAACAAAGGCGUCUGUAAUAUAGAAAUGGAAUCGCUUGGUUUCUUAGCCAUGUGUCACUAUGCGGGAGUCAAAGGCGCGGUCGCGUGUGUGACAUUACUGGACAGGUUACAACAAGACACGUUGUCAUGUGAUGUAAGUAUGUUGAAGAGAUGGCAGGUGCGCCCCCAGAACGUCGUCCUCAGACAUAUCAAAAAGAAGCUUCAUAUCACGAACGGUAGAAGUUAAGAAGGACUACCUCUUGUUAGUUUUGUGCGAUCAGGGAGCACAGUGGAACAAAUUCACAAAAUUAGCAUUAACUAUUUGUUCAUCUGUUAACGGAAGUUGGGAAUUGGCAUUUAUCUACUUAUACAUAUAUUUGUUUAUUAAAUGUGUUCAAAAGUGUGAACAAUUGAUUAAAAAAAAACCUUUUAAAUCUGCAGUGAGCAGUACUUGCUAGGAUUAGCAAUUUUUAUAUUUUGAUAAAGUUAUUCUGGUCAGACUGCUUUCUGUUAAACGCAGCUUUUUGUUUGUUUUUAUUUUAUUAAACAUAGGAUAGUUCCGCCAACUGAUUAAUUUCUGCACAAAAGCUUUACGUUUUUUUUGUGUUAAAAAGAAUGGGGUGUAAAUGAGUGAACUCUUUUUUGAUGAGUUCAAUCAUUCACUUCCCAAUGUUAUUUUACGAAUACCAUUUUGUACACGUUGUACUCGUUUAUAGUACGGCCAAGUGUUUUGGGGUUUAUAUUGUAUGUGUUUUUAGUAGAAUCCUUGCAGCUAUCUACAUAUGAUUUGCAUCCAAUGUUACAAGUUCAUGUAAAUGUGGCAUGCAGUGUUCAGCCAAAAUAAGACGGUGUUUUGAUUGUUUAUUAUAGUUGAAUAAAAAUCAAAUAAUGCAA